UCCGUCCCUCACCCACUGCUCGUCCUCCUCCUUUUCAGCAUCCCUCUCAGCCAGCGGCAUGACCCGCGCCUCGACGCCGGGGCUGCCUUUCCUCCUCGCCCUGGUGUUGCUGUUCUGCCGCCCGCUGGCCGGGGACCCUGGCCAAGGAGAGGCCACUUGGUCCCACUUCGCUCGGUUGCCCUUCGAGGACCAGCUUUUCCUUUACGACACCUUCCCCGAGGGCUUCCUGUGGGGGACGGGCAGCGCCGCGUACCAGGUGGAAGGCGCCUGGAACAACGACGGCAAGGGGCCCUCGGUGUGGGACGCCUUCGCGCAGCGCCCCCGCGCAGCGCUCCUCCGGGGUGCCGCCGAGCCGCCGCCGUCCGGGAACGUGGCCAGCGACAGCUACAACCGCGUGGAGCGCGACUUGGACGCGUUGAGCCUGCUGGGCGUCUCCCAUUACCGCUUCUCGCUGGCCUGGGCGCGCCUCCUCCCCAACGGGACGGCGCCCGUCAACCUCGCCGCCCUGCGGCACUACGCGCGCCUCUUCUUCGGCCUGAGGCAGCGCGGCGUGGAGCCCGUGGUCACCCUCUACCACUGGGACCUGCCUCAGCGCCUCCAGGAUGUUUAUGGCGGCUGGGAGAACCCGGCCCUCGCCGACUUUUUCCGGGACUACGCCGAGCUCUGCUUCAGGCACUUCGGCGAGCACGUGCGCUACUGGCUCACGAUAGACAACCCUUACCUCGUGGCGUGGCACGGCUACGCCACGGGCAGGCUGCCCCCUGGCGUGCGGGGCGGGCGGGAGGUGGGCUACAGGGCGGCCCACAAUCUCCUUCAGGCCCAUGCCAAAGCGUGGCAUCUUUACAACGAUCAUUUCCGUGCUGCUCAAGGGGGUAAAGUGUCAAUUGCCUUAAGUUCUCACUGGAUAAAACCUCGACCCAUGAUUGGAAACAGUAUACAGGAAUGUCAGAAAUCUCUUGACUUUGUGCUGGGCUGGUUUGCUAAACCGAUAUUUAUUGAUGGAGACUAUCCCCAGAGCAUGAAGAGUAAUCUUUCCUCUGUGCUGCCAGAAUUCACUGAAGCAGAGAAGAGAUUUGUCAGAGGGACAGCUGAUUUCUUUGCUCUUUCUUUUGGGGCCACGUUGAGUUUCCAUCUUGUGGAUUCUGGCCUGUUAUUCCAGCAGCUGGAAUCACUAAGCCUAAGGCCACUGCUUUACUGGAUAAGCUGUGAAUAUAAUAAACCAGAGAUCUUCAUUGUGGAGAACAGCUGGUUUGUUUCUGGUAACACCAAGACUGAGGACUCCAAGUACAAGAAUUAUCUUAAAGAUUUCAUUAUGGACACUUUGAAAGCCAUCAGAUAUGAUGGAGUUACUGUCAUUGGGUACACAGUUUGGUCUCUCAUGGAUGGCUAUGAAUGGCUCAGAGGCUACAACAUUCGACGGGGUCUGUUUUAUGUUGACUUUCAAAGCCAGGAUAAAAACCUGAUGCUGAAGUCUUCAGGAAUAUUCUACCAAAAGCUGAUAGAGGACAAUGGUUUUCCUCUAGUACCAGAAAACCAGCCAAUAGAAGGAACUUUUCCCUGUGGUUUUGCUUGGGGGAUUACUCAAAGCUUUCUUCAGGCAGAUACAACACAGUCCCAGUAUCUUGACCCUAAUGUUUAUGUUUGGGACAUCUAUCAAACAAAGGAGCUCAUUAAAGUUGAUGGAACUAGUGCCCUAAAUCGCAAGCCUCACUGUGUUGAUCUUGCAGCUCUCAGGCUCCAGAUUUCUUUACUUCAGGAAAUGCAUGUCACACACUUCCAUUUUUCACUGACAUGGCCUUUAAUUCUCCCUUUAGGUAAUGAAACAUUAGUUAACCACUCACUCCUAUUUUACUAUCAAUGUUUUGUCAGUGAACUACUUAGAGUUAAUAUAACACCUGUUGUUGCUUUAUGGCAACCCACGGCUGAGAAUCAAGGCCUUCCUCUUCCUCUCGCUGAGCAUGGAGGAUGGGAGAACCGACAGACUGUGGAGGCCUUUAUUGAGUAUGCCAAGUUCUGCUUUGAAAAACUUGGCCAGUAUGUCAAAUUUUGGAUCACGAUGAGUGAUCCCAGUGAGAAUACUCUGACAUAUGAAGGAGCACAUAAUUUACUGAAGGCCCAUGCGAAAGCAUGGCACUUAUACGAUAAAACAUUCCGGAAGACUCAGAAAGGUAAAAUCUCUAUUGCCUUCCACACCAUCUGGGUUGAGCCCUUUUCAAAAAAUGAUUACAGUGCAGCCCAGCGUGUUUUGGAGUUUAAGAUUGGCUGGCUUGCUGAGCCCAUCUUUGGAACUGGUGACUAUCCAGAUGUGAUGAGACUGUGGCUUCACCAGAAGAACAGCCUAAGUUCUCAUUCUUCACAUUUACCUUAUUUCUCAGAGGAAGAGAGAAAUCUAAUACAUGGAUCGUUUGACUUUUUUGCCUUGAGUCAUUACACUACAUUGCUUGUGAGUUCUGUAAAUGAAGAUUCUGCCAAUUACGAUCACUUCCUUGAGGUCCAAAAGCAAAAUGACAUCACCUGGGUGAAAUCGCCUAACAGGACUCCAGUGGUGCCCUGGGGGUUACGCAAGCUUCUCACAUGGGUGAAAAAUAAAUAUGGUGAUAUUCCAGUUUACAUCCUAGCCAGUGGAAUCGAUGAUGGGCAGAAUGUGGAUAAAGACAAACUGAGAAUAUACUAUUUGGAGAAUUAUAUCAAUGAAGCCUUAAAAGCCUACACCUUGGAUAAGGUUAACCUCCGUGGCUAUUUUGUCUAUUCUUUCAGUGACAGGGGUGAUUCUAGAUCGUAUGGACUCUAUCGAUAUUUAAUAAACCAAUAUGAGCCAAAGCCUUCCAUGAUGCAUUAUAGACAGAUAAUUGACAAUUACACCUUUUCUGGCUUGGAAAACACUGACCUGCUUUGCCCCAAAGAGCUUAUUCACUGCUCAGAAUGUGAUUCCUUCCAACCCAGAAGAUCUUUGCUUGCUUUUAUUUCUUUUAUAUUGUUUUCUUUCAUUGUCACUGUAUUUCUGAUAACUUACUACUCCAAGAAGAUUGAUAGAAGGCAUGAAUACCGAUUUCCUGUUGCUCAUUGUCCUUUACACACAUUACCUGGGGGAGCUCAGAAGUAA